GAAACCAAAUAUGCAGAAUAAGCAGUAUAUAACAAUGUGUAGAUGAAUUUUGCUGUAUCGUUCUGUUGAAGAUGUCCAAGUUAUUUAUCAAGCUGUAUACAUAACGAAUGUAAGCUCGUUCUCUAAUGAUUGAGCAACUGUACAACAAAUAUCGAAAUUCAGCAAGAUGGCUUGCUUUGAUCAGUUAUUAUUAACUACACCUAUACCUAUGCAAAUGUUUCUAAUGUUACUGGGGACUAUGAUUGUUAUUUACCGCCCGGACAUAGUAGACGUGGAAAAUAGCGUUCAGUCGACGAAAGACUUAUCAUCUGAAUAUGAUUUUGUGAUAAUUGGCGGUGGAUCUGCUGGUUGUGUGCUAGCCAAUCGAUUGUCGGAAAAUUAUACUGUACUCUUGCUCGAAGCCGGAGGCAACGAAGAGUACAUAUCCGACAUACCAUAUACUGUUGGAAGUUUGAUGCGUACACCCUACGAUUGGAAUUAUACAACGGUACCAUCGCCUAAUUACUGCUUGUCCAUGAAUGGCCAUAACUGCUUUUGGUCACGAGGAAAGGUGCUGGGUGGUUGCAGCGUCGUAGGUGCAUGGAUUUACACACGCGGUAACAAAAAGGACUAUGAUUCUUGGGCAAGUCUAGGCAAUGAGGGAUGGGAUUACGACAAUGUUUUGCAGUAUUUUAAAAUAUCCGAAGAUAUGAGAGACGAGGAACUCGUCAAUUCGUUUUAUCAUGGCACGAGAGGAUACUUGCCGGUAGAGACUUUCAAAUACAAUGCGCCAAUAGACGAUUGCAUUCUUCGAGCCGGUGAAGACAUGGGAUACAAAAUACAAGAUUUAAAUGGCGCAAAUAGGACUGGUUUUUCAUUACAAUAUGGUACAUUAAGAGAUGGAUUAGGGUGUAGCACUGCCAAAGCCUUCCUCCGACCCAUUUCAAAGAGGAAGAAUCUAAACGUCAGCUUAAAUUCGUUCGUGGAAAAAAUAUUAGUGAUAGAAGAUAGUGGUUCAAAGGUAGCAUUCGGAGUACUAUUUCGUAGAGAUCAGCAACUUUUCAAAAUCAAGGCGAAACACGAAGUGAUUCUUUCUGCCGGUUCAAUUAAUUCGCCGCAACUACUGAUGCUUUCGGGGAUCGGGCCAAGAAAACAUCUCCAAGAGAUGAACAUACCUGUGGUGCAUGAUGCACCAGGUGUAGGACAGAAUCUUCAGGAUCACGUAGGAAUGACCGGAAUAAGUAUUAUUAUCGAUCCUUCCAACGAAAUAAACCAGUCUGCUAGCCUCACCACGAAUUGUACUGCGGUCGCAGAUAUGGAAAGUAUUAUAGAAUUGAUGCAAAAAAACUGUUCUUCCCCUCUUUAUUCGAAUGUUUUAAGCGGAGGAAUUGCGUUUGUCUAUAGCAAAUUUGCGGAUAGGAAGACUGAUUGGCCGGACAUACAGCUAGAAUUUUCGAGCUGCUCCGAUUAUUCAUGUCUCAUAGGAGGCUUAUACAAUAUGAAGGAAGAAGAUAUUAACGCUUUGAGUAAAAAUAUUGCAGACGUUCAAGGUUACGGAGUUUCCCCGCAAUAUGUGAGACCAGAGAGCAGAGGCUACAUCGAACUCAAUUCGUCUGAUCCGAUAGAUCCUUCCAAAAUAUUUCCAAAUUAUUUCAAAAAUCCUCGUGAUCUUGAAACUUUAGUGGCCAGCGUGGAAAUCAUAAAAGAGAUUGUUCGCACUCCUACCAUGCAAAAGUUAAAUGCGCGCCUUAAUACGAAUAAGUUACCAGAAUGUUCGCAAUAUGACAUUUCGACGGAUGAUUAUUGGCGUUGCUAUGCGCGUCAUGCCACAGCAACAAAUUUUCAUUCGGUUGGCACUUGUAAGAUGGGACUAGCCAAUGAUAGCUAUGCUGUUGUCGACUCUAGAUUAAGAGUCUACGGAAUUAAAAAAUUACGUGUAAUUGAUGCAUCGAUCAUGCCGCACAUAGUUUCGGGUAACACAAACGCGCCGACAAUUAUGAUAGCAGAGAAAGGUGCAGCUAUGAUAAAAGAGGAUUGCUCAUGAAUAUUUGAUUACUACUAUAUACUGAUAUUUGAUAAAAAACGCAAAAUAUAUCCUACACACACACACACACACAC